GUAAUUGCUGGUAGGAUGGGACCAGCAAAUCAGAUGCUAGUUAACAUGAGCUGGAGAAGAAGAGCACGCCUACUGCUUGAGGAAUGGAAUCGAUUGAAAAGGAGAUUUUUGAUUUAUUCGUAGGAGCCUUAGUACACACCACUGAUGGUUUUACCCAUAUUUGGAGAGAGACUCAUCUGUUCUGCUUCCAACCACAUUUAAUGGGUUAUAAUGCGGGAUUAUCACAGAAGAACCGCUUUCCUAUAGCCAUUGUGCUCCUAAAGACUUGAUUACAUCAGCUUUAAGCCUGAUAGUUUGUAUUGGAACCACGCCCGCCUGAUUUUAGGGGACACAUUGUCGGACAGCAUUUCUUCUUACUCCCUUCUCUAAAAAGAAGAUUCAGGAUCCUGGUCUAAUUUUCUGGUGCCUUGGAUUUUUUUUGGCUUUUCUCCACCUGUCGCCAAACUUGUCAUUGCAUCUUUUUUAGGUUUUUAAAACGGUAACAAAAUGAUUCCCAACGGCUAUUUAAUUUUUGAAGAUGAAAGUUUCCUUGAUUCGACAGUUGCCAAAAUGAACGCUCUUCGCAAGAGUGGACAGUUCUGUGACGUCAGACUUCAAGUCUGUGGGCACGAACUCAUGGCUCACCGCGCUGUCCUUGCUUGCUGCAGCCCCUACCUUUUUGAAAUCUUCAACAGCGACCCUGACUCCCAAGGGGUCUUCCAUGUGAAGUUGGAUGACUUGAACCCUGAGGCAGUUGAAAUAUUGUUGAACUAUGCCUACACUGCGCAGCUGAAAGCUGAUAAGGAACUGGUUAAGGAUGUAUACUCUGCAUCAAAGAAGCUAAAGAUGGACAGAGUAAAACAGAUAUGUGGUGAUUAUUUAUUGUCAAAGAUGGACAGCCAGAGUUGCAUCACUUACCGUAACUUUGCAAGUUGCAUGAGAGAUGGGCGCCUCUUGGAAAAGAUUGAUUCAUACAUCCAGGAACACCUGUUGGAGGUCUCGGAGCAGGAUGACUUUCUCAAACUCCCCCGACUGAAGUUAGAGGUAAUGCUUGAAGACAAUGCCAGUCUGCCUAGUAAUGGUAAACUGUACUCCAAGGUAAUCGGCUGGGUGCAGCGCAGCAUCUGGGAGAACGGAGAACAUCUGGAGAGCCUGAUGGAGGAGGUUCAAACGCUGUACUACUCAGCGGAUCACAAACUGCUUGAUGGGAAUCUGCUUGACGGACAGACUGAGGUGUUUGGCAAUGAUGACCACAUCCAGUUUGUUCAGAAGAAGCCUCUUCGCGAGAAUGACCACAGGCAGAUGAGCAACAGCUCCUCUGGAAAUCUUUCUCCAAGUGCUGCGAUGCAGCUGUGCAAGCACGAGUGGAAAUACAUUGCCUCGGAGAAGACAACAAACAACACCUAUCUGUGCCUGGCUGUCCUGAACGGAGUGUUGUCUGUGAUCUUCCUGCACGGCCGCAACAGCCCCCAGAGCUCCCCAUCCAGCACCCCCUGCCUGCUGAAGAGCAUGAGCUUCGAGGUGCAGCUCGAGGAGCUGGAGGAAAAGUUGUUGUCGCCCAUGCAAUAUGCUCGCUCAGGGCUCGGGACUUCAGAGCUCAAUGGCAAGCUGAUUGCAGCAGGAGGUUACAACCGUGAGGAGUGCCUUCGCACAGUGGAAUGCUACGAUCCCAAAAAAGACUGCUGGACUUUCACUGCUCCGAUGAGGACACCCAGAGCACGCUUCCAGAUGGCAGUGUUAAUGGGUCAACUGUAUGUGAUGGGUGGGUCAAACGGACACUCCGAUGAACUGAGCUGUGGCGAGACAUAUGAUCCAAAUGCUGAUGACUGGAUUCAGGUGCCAGAGCUACGUACGAACCGCUGCAAUGCAGGUGUUUGCUCGUUAAACAAUAAAUUGUACAUUGUGGGAGGAUCAGAUCCAUAUGGACAGAAAGGCCUGAAAAACUGUGAUGCGUUUGACCCAGUUGCUAAAUCCUGGACAAACUGUGCUCCUCUUAACAUACGGAGACACCAGGCAGCAGUGUGUGAGCUGAAUAACUUCAUGUAUGCCAUCGGAGGCGCAGAGUCCUGGAACUGUCUCAACACAGUGGAGCGCUACAACCCUGAGAACAACACUUGGACCCUCAUUGCUCCCAUGAAUGUGGCUCGUCGUGGAGCAGGAGUUGCCAUCUACGAGGAGAAGUUGUUUGUGGUUGGUGGGUUUGAUGGCUCUCGUGCCCUGAGUUGUGUGGAGGUGUACGACCCGGCCAAGAAUGAGUGGAAGAUGCUGGGCAGCAUGACUUCAGCUCGGAGCAACGCUGGUGUGGCUGUGCUGGGGAGGCUCAUCGUGGCAGUGGGAGGCUUUGAUGGCAAUGAGUUCCUGAACACCGUUGAAGCAUAUAACCCUGAGACCAAUGAGUGGAGUCCUUUUGCCAAAACCUUCAACUUCAACUGAAUGUUUGCAGAACCUAUUUCAAACUAACAGGCUUAGUGAUGUAAUUGUGUUUUAGUGGAGCUGUACAUGUGAGCUGGGUUGAGAGGGGAGUUAGAAUCUUUGGGGGGCGGGGGGUUGGGUUGCUGAUGGCAACAUAAAACCUUUGCAUAUUGCAUAAAAUAUUUUUUGCUGUAAUAUAGUUUUUUUUUUUUUUUUAUGUGGUGUUUUUUUUUUUUUUUUUAAUAUAUAAUUCUGAAACAUUAGGUCACAUACUUGCAGGUUUGCACAAUGGUUUGUGUUAUUAGAGAAUGUAAUAAAUAUUGAUUUGAGGAGAAGGCAGGGAGAUCUUAAGUAGAGAUUUGGAGGGUGGGGGGUCUGCAAUAAGAAGCCUUAUUCAAAGAAAUGAUAUAUAAAUAUGGCGCUUCUGUCUUUUUUUUUUUUUUUUUUUUUUUUUUUUUUUAAAGUAAAAGCUCAAAUGCUUGCCAAUACAAAGCGGUAUCUUUUGAUGGCCUUUUUAUUUAUAUAUAUUUUUUUUUUUGUACCACUGCUGAGCAAUUUACCAAUAGAUUUGAAACAAGUGGCAGGUGCAAAUGUUUUGAAGCAUUUAAAUGAAACGGUAAGAAGGAAGUGGCAUUCGCUUGCACUCCUGAGCUUUUGCUUCUGCCGCUUCAAAGAGAAGUUCUUUUAGUACUGACGUUACACAGAUUCUUCAUUUUGGUUUCAAUUGAUUUUCUGAAUGUUGAAAAUGUAAUUAAGAUUCAGUAUUUUAAAGAUUUCUUUCUCUGGUUUUGAAUUUCUCGAAUAAAUUUAGAUGUGAAUUGUUAUUAACAUUUGUAAAACUAAUAAACUCAUUUCAACCCAAA